AUGUUGCCUCACUUCACGUCAUCACGUGAAAAAAGUUUGAGUAAAGAUUCAUACGGAAUAGAAACCAUGGAGAAAGGAUGUGUUUGUGUAACAGGAGGGACGGGGUAUUUAGCAUCAUGGAUGAUCAAAAGGUUGAUUGAAGAGGGAUAUCUUGUAAAUACAACAGUUAGAUCUAAUUUAGGAUCUAUGAAAGAUGUGAGCUACCUGAAGGCUCUACCUGGGGCAUCAGAGAGGCUUAAGAUUUUUGAAGCAGAUCUAAGCAAACCUGAGACAUUUGAGGCACCAAUCAGAGGUUGCAUCGGGGUGUUCCAUGUUGCCCAUCCGAUUGAUUUUGUGGGCAAGGAACCCGAACAAGUGCUAACAGAAAGAGCGAUCAAGGGUAGUUUGGGUAUUUUACAAGCAUGCAUUGAUUCAAAAACCGUUAAGAAACUGGUGUACACCUCUAGUGCAUGUGCUGUUGUAUUGAAUGGUAAAAAUAUCAAUGAUGUCUUAGAUGAGAAUUGUUGGAGUGAUUUUGAAUACAUUCGUACUUGUCAUAAGGAAUUUGGAGCUUCCUAUUUCAUUUCCAAGACAAUGACCGAAAAAGCAACACUAGAGUUUGCUGAGAAGAAAGAAUUCGACGUUGUUACUGUUAUUCCAACGUAUAUCCAUGGUCCAUUUGUUGGCCCGCAUUGCCCGAACUCUGUACGUGUUUCAAUGGCUAUGAUAUUUGGUGAAACACAUAACUAUAAGCUACUUAGAAAAACCGCUUUCGUACAUGUUGAUGAUCUAGCUAGGGCACAUAUUCAUCUUUUUGAGUGCCCAAAUGCCAAAGGAAGGUAUAUUUGUUCGAAAAUUGAAGUCACAAUCGAGGAAUUGUACAAACUAUUAUCAACCAAAUAUCCAAAAAAUAAUAUCUCAAAUAUCGAAUUUUUGAUAGAUGCCGAGAAAAUGGAGUUUCCUAGUGUCUCUUCCAAAAAGCUCCUAGGCACUGGAUUUGAGUUUAAGUAUGGGCUUGAAGAAAUGUUUGAUGAUGCAAUUGAUUGUUGUAAACAAAAAAAUAUAUUAUAAACUAUUAAUACUUGUAUAAGAUAUAUUAUUGAUAUGUAAAAACAAGCUUUGGGUAUGAUAUAUUUAAUAAUACUUCAAUAACCCAUAUGGACUAACUGUGAUCGAAGUAGGGUAAUCAUUCUUUCACCAUAGGUCAUGGACCGUGGUAGAGGCUCAAUGAUUGAUUGGUGAUGGUGUUGGUCCGAUGGAAAGAGGCACACACCACUCUAGCUCAAAAUUGAUCGCCAUAAAUAUGCGAAGAUUCCAUGAGUAAUUUACAUAUUAUAAGGAUAUUUUCAACCCAACAUCAAACAUAUUUUUAUAUCAAGUCUGAUAUAAAGUUGUCAAGAUCGUAGCCAACAUUUAGCAUUAUCUUUUACAACAAAUUAAUAAAACCGUAAACACUAAAUUUCUUUCAACUCUUUAUAUUUAACACCAAAAAUAUUAUUCUAGAU